GCGGCUAAAUUCAAAUUUCUUGCAAAAUAUGGAUGAACUUUGGCAGUUUUUAAGUGCCGACCUAUAUUGCUUUAUAAAAGGUAUGGUAAAUAGUCUCUUUGGAUCCCCGUGCUUAGAAUCGUGUUGCGAUGAAUCGCUGGCCUUGAAAAGAGCGAGGAAAAACGUGGAAAUGGGGGGCCAUAACUGCAGAUCCCUAGUGACACGUCCUAGUUACACAAUUAGGCACCAAUAUCCAGGUCCUUUGGUCACCUACGAUGGGGAGGCGCGAUGUGAGCCGCGUUUUAUUCGCAUUUCGGACUUGAACUGCAGCACAAUGGAGCUCAUCUUCCAGGCCUAUGGAGACGAUGAAGAUGAAAUGGCUGGAAUCUUUGAAGAGAAUAUUGAAAUGGGGGAGAAUUGUGGUAAAUCAAAGAAAAACUUUGGCUGCCAAGCAAGUCUCCCCACAGAGGACGACUGUAUUGAUGUGUAUUCGGAAGACGAGGAACGAGAGGGUCUGAAAAGCAAGCUUUUUUAUUUUUUAAAGAAUACCUUUGCCCCUAAAAAGAGUGCGCUCAACUGUAGGUUGAAUGGUGGAAAGGAGGAAUCAGGCUUUGAAGACUAUUCGGCUACCAGAAAGCAGCUCCGAGCACUGGAGGAUCAAGCCAGAGGCAUAUACGAAACAUAUGUCGAAUCUUUUCCGAAUUCGCCAUCCUGGGACAUCCUGAAACCUGCGCAAAAGCUGCGCUUUCAAUGGAAAGCUUUGACAGGAGACGACCUGAUGGAAACUCCUUACGAGAAUUUCACGUUGAGCUUCAGCAGAGGUUUUCUGGAAACCUUUCCCUUUGCUUCAGGUACCACUGUUCAAAACGAGCAAAGAAUCGCCUGGUGCAACCUAGAUCGCUGCCAGCGAAUGCCCUUCAUACUGCAGGCUCUACUGUACCAAGUGGCCAGCGGCGCCAUCGAUCCCGAAGACCACUGUGCUGUUCGUGAACAUUUCCACAAGUUGAGAUAAAGUGAGAAGUGCGUUGUCCAUUUCCAUUUCCAUUUCGAUUUCGAUUUUAUACGAACCAGAUGUUGUGGGCCAGUCUAUUUUGGUGCUGAGCCUCGAAAUUC